AUGAAAAGACAACAUCCACUCUCCAAUCAACCAUCUCAUCCUCUGACCGCCAAUUUCAAUCGAUCCAAUGACACUCUCCAGUAUCCAUUCUUCUUCAGCGAUUAUCAAAGCAAACGUAAAAAAAUUCAACCAGUUCAACCUUUUCGCGCUCUUAGCCAGCCAACAUUACAAGCACAACAUCAAGAGCGACAACGAUUAACUCGAUUAGGCUUGAUCAAUGAUCCAUCCUAUCAUAUACCCGAUAUUGCUGAUGAAUUGACGCCAGUAGCUGCGUCUCUUUCCAAUCCUGUGGUUAUUCUCGAUGGUAGUAGUGAUGAAGAGGCAACUCAAGAAGCAAUCCAUCAAUUAUCUAGCGGUUAUCAUUCGUCGAUAUCAUCAGAAGAUAGCAAAAUGGUGGUCCACUCAACCUCCAGUGUAACCAAUCCUUGCACAAGUUCUUCUUGUAUCGUUGUUAUUGAUAGCAGUAGCGAAGACGAAAAUAGCCAUGACAACAACAAAUCGAAAAAUGAAACUUUCUCUCCCAAACAGACCAUUCAACUUGCUGACGAUCCAAGUGGGCGCCAACAGAUUAAAGAUACUGAUCGUCCUGGAGAAGAGAAAACCAUCGCUGGUUACUAUAGCCUUAGUUCCGAUGAUGAAGAACUUACAUCUGAUGACGUCUAUAAGCAUUACUUAACUCUUCGUAACUCUCCCCCAAGUCGUGGAAUAAUUAAUGCUAAUCAUCCUACCUCUGAGAUAGAUAUUUGCAUCUCUCCUCAUUUAAUUCCUGUUUUGAAGACUCAUCAGGUGGCAGGUAUCAAGUUUCUAUUUAACAAUGUAGUGGAAUCUUUUAAGCGCUACAGAAUAAGUGACGGCUUGGGCUGUAUUUUAGCCCAUUCAAUGGGUCUUGGAAAGACGUUACAAGUUGUUGCUUUCAUCGAAAUCUUCUUACGUGCAUUAAGCGCAAAAUGUGUUUUAUGUAUUGUACCUCUAUCUACUCUAGACCACUGGCUAAAUGAAAUAAAUUACUGGUUGCCAAGUUCUACCUCCGCUCAUCUCUCUAAAUUCAAUUACCAACGCCCAUUUAAGGUCUACCAAAUCAGCAGCAAUUGCAAAUCAUUAAAAGAUAGAGCUAACAUCAUUAAUGAAUGGCGAAAUAUUGGAGGUGUCCUAAUUAUUGGCUACGAUAUGUACCGUAUAUUAAUGACAAUGUCAGCAUAUCAAAACAACACAAAGAAGAAGGGAAAGAAAGUUGCUUCUUCCGAUAGUAUGGAAAUUGUCGAUUUAGAUCUCAUAGAAGAAAAAUCGCAAUACAUUAAGGAUAUUCGUCUUGCAUUAUCAGAUCCGGGCCCAGACUUAGUAAUAUGUGAUGAAGGGCAUAUCUUGAAGAAUGCAACAGCUUCUGUUACGAAGACUUUAAAAGAAAUUAAGACAAAACGUCGAAUAGUUUUAACAGGCUAUCCGAUACAAAAUAAUCUAAUAGAAUAUUGGUGUAUGGUGGAUUUCGUUAGACCUAACUACCUCGGUGAUAAAAAACAAUUUUCUAACAUGUUUGAACGACCUAUAGCUAACGGCGAAUGUGUUGAUAGUACACCAAAUGACAUUAAAAAAAUGAGGUUCAGAUCGUACGUUUUACAGAAAAUGUUAAAAGGCUUUGUACAAAGGCGAAGCCAAAAAAUAUUGAAAGACGCUUUACUACCCAAGAAGGAAUACGUUUUACUGAUUAGGAUGUCACCUAUCCAAGAAAGACUAUAUAAUGCUUUCAUUGAAUGUGUAAUUAAAAAAAAUUGGACCAAAAUUAGCUUAAAGAUUGGCGCUAACGUUUUAUUAGCCUUUUCUGUCUUGUAUAAAGUUUGGAAUCAUCCUGAUGUGUUACACCGGGCUAUAAUGGAACAAGAUAAAACCUACCAAAAUGAUAUCUUAAACGAUGCAGAUCGUGAUUUGGAAUUAGAACUUGGAGCUAAUACUAGUAAUGAUAAUUCUGACGUUCAUGGCAAUCACGAAACUAAAGUAACCAGACGUACCAAUAAAACAGAAGACGAAGGGUCAUCCAUAGAUUAUUCAUGGGCGUUUCCAUCGAUGGCGCAUUAUGCACCUGGAGUUCUCGAACAUGGUGGAAAAAUGGUAAUAUUAAUGGAUUUAAUUGAAAAUAGCGUAAAACUUGGUGAUCGAAUGUUAAUAUUCAGCCAAAGCCUAGUAACUCUAUCAAUAAUAGAACACUUUCUAUCAAAAAUCGAAAUACCAUGCACGUCGUCUGAAGGAAACAACAAAAAAUGGGCUAAGAAUGAAAGUUACUUUCGUAUCGACGGUAGCGUACCUAGUCAUGAACGUUCUCGAUUAAUUGAUUUAUUUAAUUCCCCCGACAACAACUCCGUAUGGCUUUUCUUAAUUUCUACCAGAGCUGGUAAUCUUGGUAUUAAUCUUGUAGCUGCAAAUCGUGUAGUUAUUUAUGACUCAGCCUGGAAUCCAUGUUACGAUAAUCAAGCAGCAUUUAGAAUCUACCGGUACGGACAAAAGAAACCGUGUUACAUUUACCGUUUGGUAGGUAGUAACACGAUGGAACAUGUAAUUUAUAAACGCCAAAUUCGUAAACAAGGCCUUUCACGUCGAAUCAUCGACGAGAGACAUCCUGGUGCAGUUUUUACUAGUAGAGAAUUAGAAACUACCAUACAGUCAACGUAUACGCAUGAGCCAUAUGUAGAUCUCAGUAAACUUCAAUUCGAUGAUCUUCUCAUGGCAAAUACGAUAAAAAAGAAUGGGCAUUGGCUGACAAAGGCGCCAUUUGAGCAUGAAUCGUUGCUAUUAGAUGAUAAAGACCAAGAGCUUACGCGAGAAGAGGAACGCCAGGCAACGCAAGGUGCUGUAAUUGUACCUAAUUAUAUCUAA